UUACAGGGACAGUUUCAUCUCAAUGGGAUGCACAAAGCUGGAGAUGUGGUUCUGGGUGGACUGUUUCAAGUCCACUUCUUUUCUGUCUUUCCUGACCUGUCUUUUACCUCAGAGCCACAAGAGACUACCUGCCAUGGAUUUGAUGUUCUAGGAUUCAGGCAGGUCCAGACCAUGGCUUUUGCUAUUAAUGAGAUUAAUAGAAACUCCAACCUGCUGCCUAAUGUGACCCUGGGAUACAGUCUGUAUGAUAACUGUGUCAACCUAGGAGUUGGAUUCCGUGCAGCACUGUCAUUAAUCAAUGGUCAAGAGGAAGAAUUUAUAUUACAAAAGAGCUGUGUAGGUGCCCCUCCAGUUCUAGGGAUUGUGGGCGAUUCUUCCUCUACACGUACUAUUGCCAUCUCCACUGUCUUAGGUUUGUACAGAGUGCCUAUGGUGAGUUAUUUUGCCACAUGCUCCUGCCUGAGUGACUGGCAAAAGUUUCCAUCCUUCUUUAGGACAAUCCCAAGUGAUGCUUUCCAGGUUAAUGCGAUGAUUCAGAUUCUGAAACGGUUCAGCUGGACUUGGACAGGUCUCCUCGUCAGUGAUGAUGACUAUGGACUCCAUGCUGCCCGAUCAUUCCAAGCUGACCUGGCUCAGUCUGGUGGAGGUUGUCUGGCUUAUUUGGAGGUUUUGCCCUGGGGUAAUGACCAAGCUGAGCUACGGAGGAUUGUGGAUAUAAUGAGGAAAUCCACAGCUCGUGUGGUCAUUGUAUUUGCGCAUGAGAGUCACAUGAUUGGUCUCAUGGAAGAGGUGGUGAAGCAGAAUGUGACAGGCCUUCAGUGGAUUGCCAGUGAAGCCUGGACAGCAGCUGCUGUGCUCCAGACUCCCAACCUCAUGCCGUAUCUGGGUGGCACACUGGGCAUUGCCAUCCGUCGAGGAGAAAUACUAGGCCUCAAAGAUUUCUUAUUAACAACACGUCCAGACCUACAUUACAACAACAGUUAUGAAAAUAAGUUGGUAAAUCAAUUUUGGGAACACACAUUUCAGUGCAGAUUUGCACCAUCUUCAUCAGGUUGGGUGGAUGGUGGGGAAGCACUAUGCACAGGAGAUGAGGACCUAGAGAAUGUGGAGACUGAGUUUAUGGAUGUGUCUAACCUCAGGCCUGAGUACAAUGUGUACAAGUCUGUGUAUGCUCUGGCGCAUGCCCUUGAUGACAUGCUGCAGUGUGUACCAGGCAGAGGACCUUUCAGUGGGUGCAGCUGUGCAACUUUGCAAGGACUGGAGCCGUGGCAGCUUGUACAUUAUUUACAAAAGGUCAACUUCACCACGCCAUUUGGUGAUCAAGUGUCAUUUGAUGAGAAUGGUGAUGCUUUACCAAUAUAUGACAUUAUGAACUGGCAGUGGCUCCCUAAUGGAAGAAUAAAAGUUCAAACUGUGGGUGCAAUUAACAAAUAUGUAUCUUUCUUCUUAAAGCCACCCCGAUCAGUGUGCAGUGAGAGCUGUCCUCCAGGUACCCGAAUGGCCAGAAAAAAGGGUCAACCUGAGUGCUGUUUCGACUGUAUCCUUUGUUCUGAGGGAAAGAUCAGCAGUAAUACAGACUCUACAGAGUGCACCAGUUGUCCAGAAGACUUCUGGUCCAACCUUCAGCGCGACCAAUGUGUUCCUAAGAAAACAGAAUUCCUCUCCUACCAUGAGCCUCUGGGCAUCUGCUUGACCAUCACAUCAUUGCUAGGCACAUUUAUCUGUGCUGUUGUCCUUGGGAUUUUCAUCUAUCAUAGCAGUACUCCCCUGGUACGCGCUAACAAUUCAGAACUGAGUUUCCUGCUCUUAAUCUCACUGAAACUAUGUUUUUUGUGUUCACUGCUGUUCAUCGGCCGCCCCAGACAAUGGACAUGCCAGCUGAGACAUGCAGCAUUCGGUAUCAGCUUUGUGCUUUGUGUCUCAUGUAUUCUGGUGAAAACCAUGGUGGUUCUGGCUGUGUUCAAGGCCUCCAAACCAGGAGGUGGAACCAGUCUGAAGUGGUUUGGUGCUAUGCAGCAGAGAGGGACAGUUCUGGUUCUUACAUCUAUCCAGGCAGCAAUCUGCACUGUGUGGCUUGUCACAUCUUCACCAGCUCCUCAUAAAAACACUCAAUACCACAAUGACAAGAUAGUUCAUGAGUGUGUAGUUGGCUCCACUAUUGGGUUUGCAGUGUUGCUGGGUUAUAUUGGCUUACUGGCUAUCCUCAGCUUCCUGCUAGCAUUUCUGGCAAGGAAUCUUCCAGACAACUUCAAUGAGGCCAAACUCAUCACUUUUAGUAUGCUGAUCUUCUGUGCUGUGUGGGUGGCCUUUGUCCCUGCUUAUGUCAACUCCCCAGGCAAAUAUGCAGAUGCUGUGGAGGUAUUUGCCAUCCUGGCUUCCAGUUUUGGCCUCUUGGUGGCACUGUUUGGCCCCAAAUGUUACAUAAUUCUGCUGAGACCUGAGAGAAACACAAAGAAAGCAAUCAUGGGUCGGGCACAACCAAGUGAUUAA